UACUUCAAUGGCUAACCAUUGUUAGGGAAAAUGUUGACUAGCUUAUACUUUUUCAAUUUUCCUUUAUUGAUCUUCUAGUUUGUUCAUCACCUAGAACAUCACUUCAUUACAUUUUCAUAUUCUACCUUCAAUUAUAGCUUCAAAUCCAUAGCCACAUCUUUUAAAUGUUUUUUCAAUGGGGUUAUGUAACAAAAAUGUUAAUCCCUUUUGAUUAUUACUAUAAUGAUUAUAAUUACUUUUUUGAAUUUGGCUAUGGCUAAUUAGCAUACCCUCCAUUUGAAUAUUCCAUAUUAUAAGGUUGUCACAUGUGAUGAAUGCAUGAAAUACAUGCAACCACUACCUUAAAAAAACAUUAUAGUUUAUUCAUUGUAUCUACAUUCAUAGAAUCAAAAAUGGGUUUGAAUUCAAGGGACAUGAAACUUCAUUUCUUAAAAGUUCUUCAUGUGUCAAUUGAAAAAAGCUAUGCUUUUAUGAAAAAGCAUCCAAGAAUUUCAGGUGCUAUGAUAGUCUUCUUCAUCAUGUAUAUAUUUCUUUCUUGUAUAUACAAUUUGUUGGUUUUCUUGUCUCCAUUUCUCGUGUUUACCGCAAUUUUGGUUACACUCUUUUGGAGUUCGGAGCAAACACUUAUAAAAUGUGUUGAGAAAAAGGAAAAGGAAAAAAGGGUUGACGCGAAAAAUCUACCUAAUGUUUACACGAAAGAUAGACGCGGAAUGCUUUAUAAGUAUCCAUCACAAAAUGCAACGAGUAGGAGAAGAAAUUUCACGGGGAAGAAAUUGGAUGUGUAUGGUGAUUUAGAACAAAAAGCUAAGAAUUUAUCAGCAGUGUUUCGAAACGAAUUCACUAGAAAGAACACGGAAAUUAGAUCAGGAAUAAGAUAUUUCGACAAAGAGAUGGACCCUUAUUUCGAUUCUAAGUUUACAUCAAAAAAAGUUGAUGCUCCUCUAAAACAAACAUUCCAUACCCCCCAACCUUCAAUGGUUGAUCUUGUUACUUGUAACACAAGUUAUUAUGAUUGUCAAGAGCCGAAUACAGAAAAAACAGAAGACGAGAAAAAGGCAAUAGAGGAUAGUAAUAGCGGUUACAAUAAAGGUGUAGACCUUAAAGAGGAUGAUCAAAAAAAGCUAAUGGAUCUUGGGAUUUGUGAGAUGGAAAGAAACAAAAGGUUGGAGAGUCUUAUAGCUAGAAGAAGGGCAAGAAAACAAUUGAACUUGGAGAUUGAGAAUGGUUUAAUUGAUAUUGAAUCAAUCUCACCAAGCCAAAUUUCACCAUUGCUUGUUGCAAGAAUGGACCCUUUUGAUUCUCCAAGAUAUUUUGAAGGUAUAGAAAUGCCAGGUUCCGCUCCGUCUGCUUUGAGAAGUCCAUUUGAUAUUCCUUAUGAACCUUUCGAGGAGAAACCGAAUCUCAAAGGGGGUAUUUUGGAACAAGAAUUCCCAAGUGACAUGCCAUUAGAACCUAAACAUGACCUUCUUCAACUUAGAGAGCAUAUACUACCAAGUUCAAGAGUUAGAAGGCUUUCAGGUUCUGCAAAUCAUGAUGGUCCAAAAAAGUUAAGCUUCUUUGAAGGAUGUGAAAGUAAAUUACAAGAUCUCAAUCCGUCAAAUGAAGGAGAGGAAACCGCACACGAAGAAGAAGGAAAAUGCAAAAUUGAUAUGGUUGGCAUGAAAAGUGAGGAAGUAGACAAUAAUGAUCCAACAAUAAUAAAUAUCGAAGAAGUUAUAGCUUCAGCUCCUAAGCCUCAAGACGAGUUUCUUGAUUUUCCGUUAUCUAGUACUAAUGUUACUAAUUUAAAUGAUUCUUUGUAUGAAUCUCUUGCAACUCCUGUCUUUAAGAGCAACGAAAACAUGUUAUUUACAAAUGGACUAAUUCGUCAUGCGCCAUCAUGUUCCUUAGCUUCUGAUUUACAUGUUGAGUUUUCUGAAAUUGGUUCGCCAACACUCACGGUCGAUGAGAAUCAUGAAGAUAUGUGGGGUGCAAAUGAAAGUUGUGAUCAUGAUAUUUUAGAGCCGAACAAUUGGAGGGACAUUGGUUCUUCAUCUUUUUCUAUACGAAACCUUGAUGAAGAAAAUGGAGGUGAAUUGAGUUUUAGGUCUCCGAGAUCUGAUACACGUGAUGAUACUCCAACUUAUGAAAUGCGUAGGGAUCAUAACAUCUUUGGUAAUGCGAGACAAAUGGGUGUAUCGCAAUAUUCUUCGGACGUGUUAGCGCGUUGGAAGAGGUUGAUGAGGUUGAUGGAUACCCGUGUUAAUCAGUCACCGCAUGAAAUGCUUUCGGACGAACUAGAGGAAUUUAACGAGACAGAUAACUUUAUAAGCAAGGAACAAAUUAGCAAUUAUGUGAAUGACUCAGAAGCCACUGAGCAAGACAAUACAAAUGCCUUAAGGAGCAAUGAAGAGCUUGGUGCAUCGCUUACGCGACAAGAAGCACCUGAUGACUUGAUAAACAAGGAACAAAUUAGAAAUGAAGUGAAUGACUCAGAAGCCAAUAAGCAAGCCAAUACAAAUGACUUAAGAAGCAAUGAAGAGCCUGGUGCAUCGGUUAUGCGACAAGAAGCACCUGAUGAAAUCUCAACUAUCACAAGUUCAUCAUCGUCGUCAUCAUCCCCAACGUCUGUAUUGCAUGCACCACAAACGACGGUAGCAGAUCAAGAGAUACACGCAGGUGUUCAACAAUCUGAUUUGGAGAAUGUGACAGAAGAAACAGUAAAUGGCGAAGGUUCACUUGAUUCAAUGUCUCGAAAUAUUCAGCUUUCCGUGGACUAUUCAAAUGUCGAAUCACAUAACCGUGACUUGGAUAAUUCUCAGGUGCAAUUGAUUUCUCCAAUGGUAGAGUCAUCCUCAGAAAUUUACAUAGAGAAUGAAGGAAAAUCUCAGGAAUCAUUGACAGAAGAGGCUAGCAUGAAACCGUUUAUCAGUUUUGAAACAGUAGUCACAAAUUUUGGCGAAGAUUUUGAAGGAAAACGCGAUGGCUUGAAUGAAAAUGAGGCCGAAAAUCAUAGCUCGAAAGAAGAGAACUAUAUGCAAAGUGAGCCAAAUCAAGUGGUUAACAAUCAUAUAGAAAAUGAAGAGUUGGACAAAGGUGACGACAUCGCUAACGAUUCUUCACUACCAAUGGCCACUGAAGAAACCAUUAAUGAUGGUGAGACAUUAAGAGAAUCUAGUAUGAUGAACAAUCACGAAGCGACUGAGCAAGAAUCGGACAAAAAUAAUGAAACCGUGGUUUUAUCUGAACCCGCAAGAGAAACUGAUAAGGUUAGCAAUAUACAAGACAUGAAUGAUCCUUACGAGAGUACUUCCGCCGUUUGAGGAUGUAACAUAAACUACCUAGCACAGACACCUCAUAUUAAAGCGUGUCUGGUGUCAGACACCAACACAUGUGGUUACAUUUAAUAUCACAUUUCUAUUUUCUUAAAAUAUUACAGGUGCCUACGUGUCAGUACCAAUGUCGUGUUUAGCCUGUAUCAGCAUUAGAUAAAUUCCUUCCUCAGAUUAGAGAUUGAGAAAAGUGAGAAAUUACCAAAUUGAGAAGACUGAACUCAAAGAUAGAUGCACUAAUCAAAUUUUUGUACAUAGUUCCAUAGAUGUUCAUAAUUGUAUUGUAUUAGUCACACUGCACAUAUGUACUCUAUAAUAUUCACAAUGUAGGAAGUAAGAAAAGUAGAAGUUCCUUUGUAUCUCUUAUAGCCAUAUGUUACUUUAUAUAUGUAUAUUCCUUUGAUUAAAGGUUUAAAAGAAUGUAUAUGCCAUCUUUUUACCAUU